AUGUCUUACGUUCCUCCACAUAAACGACAUGAAAACGUUUCAGCCAGAGCAUCCUCUGUUCCACCUUCUCUUCUUACAAAACAUAAAAAUACAAAGAUAAUCCACGCAAACGAUUUCAUCUCCAGGUGGUUUCUCGUUGGUUCAGAGUACAACAACAGCUUUCAACUUGUCCCCGUUUCUUCAGAAUGGAGGAGAGGGUCAGAAGAUAAACCGUUGGUAAUGUUACUUAAGAACGAUUCAAGCAAGCUGAAAACUCCAUGGCUAUGGGUAGCAGAGAAGGUGGAGAAUGAUCUUAUAUUGGGAUUUGGUAGAGCAAAGGAGACGCUUAUACGUUACGCAUCAGAGGAUGUCAACCUCAGAUUGAUCGCUCGGUUUGAAACUUUAAGAGAUGAUAACCUAACUAAAAGGGUAUUGGAAAAAUUCAACAAAUCAAUUAUUACAAAUGUUCCAAAGUCUUAUGUGGAAAACAUUGCGUAUGGAGUUGUUCCUAAAAUGGGAUUUUGUGUUGAAACGACCAAGAAGUUGUAUCAUGUGAAGGUGUUUGACAACACUCGUCUUGAUAUAACCAACAACAUCAACGACUCAAUUUCUAUAAGGCGAGCGGAGCUUAAUGCUCUGAGGCACUUGAAUAUCGAUGUAUCAUGCCUUGAUCAAGAUCUUGACAUGAGGCUCUCGGUUGAUUCAAAAAGAACAUUAACCAAUCUAUCAGAGAAUGAGAUCAAGAGUCUCAAAGAACUGACAGAUUCAGCAGUGAUAGAUCCAAAUGUGAAAGGUGGGUUGAAAUGGCCGCUUGGGAAAUCAUCAUGUGGUGAUCGUUACAGCGUUUGCGGCGUAUGGCAUACCGUCACAAAUACAUACAGAAACCAAACAUUGAGGCUUCAAGUCCUAGAGGCUAAUCGGUAUGAUUUCAGAACUGGAAUUGGAGGAACCUCAAGGGAAGUUUUUCUCAAGCUAAGAGCCUUAAGCAAACUACUCAAGGAGGAAAAUGGGGAGAGGAAAUGUGUUACAGGAAUGCUGAAAGAUUGUCUGAAAACAGUGUGGGACUACUUUUUGAAGACACAAGUGUAG